GGAUCGCCCGGAUCAGGUCUUGGGGUGCUAGUAUGGAGGAUCUCGGGGCAAGGGGCGAAGAUGGGACUGUCCCCAGCAACGGGAUCCGGACCCCGGCUGGCUCGACGGCGCUGAGUUUCGGUCGGGUCGGCCCGCUCUUCUCCCUUUUCCUGCCGGUCGCAGAUGCUGAAGCCGCUCGUAGAGAAGCGGCGCCGGGACCGCAUCAAUCGCAGCCUGGAAGAGCUGAGGCUGCUGCUGCUGGAGCGGACCCGGGACCAGAACCUCCGGAACCCGAAGCUGGAGAAAGCCGAGAUCCUGGAGUUCGCCGUGGGCUACCUGCGGGAGAGAAGCCGGGUGGAGCCCCCCGGGCUGCCCCGAUCCCCAGCCCCGGACGCCGAGACCCUGGCCAGCUGCUACCUCUCCGGCUUCCGAGAGUGUCUGCUCCGCCUGGCAGCCUUCGCCCACGAUGCCAGCCCGGCUACCCGAGCCCAGCUUCUGUCAGCGCUGCAGGGAUACCUGCACCCCAAGUCCCGGCGGCCCCUGGACCCCGCAGCCCCGAGCCCCCUCUUCUCCUGCUCCUGCUCCCCGAAGUUGUCCCCCUGCUCCCCCGGAGCCGGUGAUCGCCAGGCCCAGGCGGCUCCUCUCCCCGGACUGCUGGUCCCAGACAAGGCUGCCAUGCCACCACCUCCACCGCCUCCACCACCACCGCCACCGCCGCCACCCGCCUUCUGGAGACCGUGGCCCUGAGUUUUGGGGGGCGAUUGGGGGGCAAGGGGAGCCUGGGGCGCGUGGGUGCGGCGCGUGGGUGAGAUGUGGUUCUAUAUGAGAGUAUCUAUAUAAAUAUAUAUUUCUCCUGAUCGGUCCCUGACCCUGUCCCUGUCUCCCUGGGCCAGGCCUAGUAGUAGGCCUGAAGCCUACUAGUAGGCCCAGCCCUGCUUCUGAACCCCAAUUCCCCCCACAAUCUUCCCUAGAGCAAGGAAUAAAGUGUUUCUCAAA